AUGAACCGCCGUUCUCAGAAAGACUGUGAGAUCCACAAUUCCUGGGAGCAGAGCACCCAGCAGCGCUUCCUCAGAAGAGAGGUGGACAGGAGAGUCCAGGGAGCUGUGAGCGCUGAUCAGGCCCUCUUGGACAACAAAAGAUUCAGGCUCCGCAAAAUGCUGGAGGCCGAGGAGAGGCAGUACCUGCAGGAGCUCGAGGCCAAGAGGGAGACCGCCGCUGAGAAAAAAGACAAGAUGUCUAAAAGACUCGGCGAGCUGAAGAAGAAGAGGGAGGCCGAGAGGCAGCAGCUGGUGGGCGAGAAACGGGAGCAGCAGUUCAGGAGACAGGACGUGGAUUACCGAGAUCUCCAGAGGAAGCGCUCGGAGCUGGAGGCCUCUGAGCAUCAGAAAGCUCAGCUGAGGGUGAAGCAGGAGCAGCGGCAGCAGCAGCAGCAGGAGGAGCAGCUGUACGCUCAGCUGUGGGAGGCCGACCGUCAAGCCAAGGAGGAGCGCGAGCGCCGGGGAAAGGAGACCAGGAGGCAGGCCAACCUCAAGACCGCCCAGGAGCAGCAGCAGCAGAGGAAGAAGACUCUGCAGAAGAAAACCUUCGUCCGGCAGCUGGACCGCGAGCUCCAGCUGAAGAAGCAGCGCGUGGCCAGAGAGCAGCGGGACGAGGAGCAGCUGAACCUCAGCGUCAUGCGGCAGCUGCCGCCUCAGCUGCCGCAGCAGGAUCCCGACCAGCCGCAGAAGGCCGAGCAGAAGAGGCUGCGGCUGAAGGAGGACCGGCUGCUGGACAGGAAGCAGCUGCAGCAGGCGAGGCAGGCCCAGAAGAAGACGGAGGAGCAGAGGGAGCGGCGGACCGAGGAGCAGCGCAAGGAGAUCCAGCUGAAGAACGACGAGCAGCGGCGGCGACAGAGGCAGGCCUCCACCAAGCUGAAGGAGGAGGUGAAGGACUCCAACCGCCUGCGGGUCCAAAACAGGCUGAAGGAGAAACAGCUGCAAGCUGUGGAGCAUCAGCGGCAGGUGGAGGAGCGACUCCAGAGCGAGGAGAGAGCCAGGCGGCAGGCUCAGGAGGAGAAGCUGCAGCAGACGCUCCACAAGGAGGCGUAUGCAGCCGACCUGAGGGCUCAGAUGCUGCAGCAGCCAAAGCAGCAGCAGCAGCAGCAGCGACGGCCCCCGAUCAGAGGCGUCUCCGCCACCACGGGUCCGGGUCGCCUUCUCCCCAAGAGGAGCCGUCUGGAGCCCAAUCGUCUGAGGCGCCCCGACCCGAGCCCCUCGACGCUCAACCCCAUCACGGGCCUGCGGGCGUCUCGCACCGUCCUUCCAGCCAUUCCUACCAGCAUUCGGCGCUGA